GAAAGCUCAAACCAUGUUGGUCGGACUCAGUUAGUAAAGUACCUUGUUCCACCGGGAUAAUUUGUAUUUACUGCUUUGACAUUGUUAUCUGUUUUCAAAUAAACGCUUCCUGUCAUUUUUACGUAUUUAUCACAAUUUGCAGAAAUUAACAAUAAAGUUUUAGGAAUGUCCCAGCCGGAGCAAAGAGGUUCCAGUUUGUCAGAUUUUACUGGACAGAAGAAGCUUCUUGGAUUUGGUGUAUUUCUAGCAUGGAUUUUGCUUUUGAACUUUCUAGUGAAUAUGUGGAUACUUUGCAUUUUCACAUUUUUUCUGCUUGUCUUGGGAGGAUGGAAAGGAUUUCAAGCCAUUCUGGACAGCAACAGUUUGAUCUACUUGGAUCGGUUUAUUAAACCAGAAAGAAUUCUACCUUCUCCAGAGUCUGAAAUGCAGUUGGAUAAUGAAAUACAUAGUACAAUCAAUAAAAUUAUUCGGGAUUUUGUUAGCUCUUGGUAUAGAACAGUAUCCAGUGAACCAGAAUUUGAGACUGAAGUUAAAAAUGCCAUGUACUCCAUGGCAUUGGAGCUUAAAAGGAGGGCAGAGCAGGUGGAAAGGAAAGCUUUUGCACAAAAAGUACUGGGUUUAUGUGGAUGCCAUUUGGAAAGCUACUUGAUGGCAAAAAAAAUUCAAAAACAGAAUAGUACAUCAAAUGACAACAUUUGGGAGUUUUACAAGGAAGUAUGCUUUUUGCAUCCGUCUUUAAAGAGCCCUACUGCUGAGCUUAACUUUGCAAGAGCAAUUGUUGAUUUACUUCUUCAGGUUCUAGUACCACAGUCACAUUUAGAAUCUCGCACAGGUAGAUAUAUUGUUGGUGAGCUCAUCACGUGCAAUGUUCUGUUACCAUUCAUCUCCAAGGUAUCAGACCCAGAUUGGAUCAAUGUGGCCCUGGUAGACCUUUUAACCAAGGCUAAGAAUAUUGAUAUAGAAGAUGAUCAUGAGAAACAGUUAGAAAUUCCUUGUUCUUUGCCACUGAAAAUUCAGUCGGAAAUGCCAAGUCACAGUGCUGCUCAAACUCCAAAAAAUAUUGCUCUUUCAAGUUAUGAUGUUGUUGAUGAUACACCAAUGUGCUCUCAACAAAAAACAGAUGAAAAUGAACCAAAAGAAGAAAACAGUGUUGAUGUGCCAUUUAAUGCAAAAAUAGAUGAAAAUGUCACAAUGGAUUAUCUGAGGCCGGAUCCUUACAGUUCUUUUUAUUCUUGUGAGGACUCUGACCUGGAAUCUCCAAUGUCUGAUUUUUGGAAAAGUUCAACUGAAUCUUUGGUAAUUAUUAGUAAUGAUGAGGCCCUUUCUGAACAAUCUAAAGAUUAUCCUACACCCACCAAACACACAAGUAUUAUAGAUUCAGAAGAUGAACUGAAAUAUAUGUGUAACAGUUCAGGAGAAUGUGUUACGCCUAAAAUAAUUCCUGAGAUUUCAGAGCCGACUGAGGAAGACUUCAGCAAUCAAAACACAGCAGUUGUUUUAGGUAGAAAAGAAGAUAUGCUAGAAAGCAAGCACAACAAUGAAGGGGUCUUAUGCGAUGAAGAUGCCAAAUCAAUUUCUAGCUAUUCUUGUAAAGAAGCUCUGCUGACAGAACAAAUAAGCAGUAGCCCACAUGAGCUUUCAGUGGUUCCUCCUUUGCAGACUUCCUCUCCAACUACAGGUCUAGAAUGUCUUGCAUCAUUCAGCUUUGAGCCUCUAAGUAGCCCGGAUGGCCCAGUCGUCAUUCAGAACCUGCGUAUUACUGGGACAAUCACAGCCAAAGAGCACAGGGGUAUAGGCUCACAUGUUUAUACCCUAUACACAAUCAAGUAUGAAACAGCAGUGGAUACAGACAAUCCAGGAACUCUUCAGCCUGUGGCCUACCAUACAGUAAAUCGUCGUUACAGCGAAUUUCUUACUCUCCAAACUAGACUGGAAGAGAAACCAGAACUAAGGAAGAUUAUUAAAAAUAUCAAAGGACCAAAGAAACUGUUUCCAGAUCUUCCAUUUGGAAACAUGGACACUGAAAAAGUAGAGGCAAGGAAAAGCUUACUGGAGUCUUUUCUCAAGCAAUUGUGUGCAGUUCCUGAAACAGCCAACAGUGAAGAGGUGCAGGAGUUUUUGGCCUUAAACACUGAUGCAAGAAUAGCUUUUGUAAAGAAGCCAUUUUUUGUAUCACGGAUUGACAAGAUUGUGCUGAAUGCCAUUAUGGAUUCUCUGAAGAUAGCCUUUCCAAAGUCUGAACCACAAAGUCCUACAGAAGAUGGUGCUGAGAUAGAGACUGAUGGAAAGUCAUUUACUGACACUAAGAAGUCAAAAUCAAAGCUGAAAUUCUCCACCAAAAUUGUUCCUAUUCUCAAUGUAGCUGAUAUUCAGCCAAAAGUACUUUAUUGCUUUGGAGAUGAGACCACUGUUUUUGAUGGCCUCUCUUUAGCUGGCAUGGAAGAUUUUAUGCGGGAACAAGAACUGUUGCUCAACAAGCCUUGUGAAGUUGGAACUGUAGCUGCAGAACCAAUGGGGUUAAAGAAUAAUGAAAGAAUGGAAGAGGGUAAUACAGAUAAUGGGAAACAAAAAGUACCACUUAAGGAACUAUCUGGGAAACAAGCUGCCACAAUUGUUGAUACUGGUUUGGCGGAUGCUACCCUAAAUCUACUUUGUUUACUGAUGAAGGACCAUUGGAGUUGGAUGUGUACUGAAAACAUACAGAAGACCAUCAGGAUAUUUUUUGCUCCUCUAAUUGAAAGAUGGCUAGAUGUGCACAUUGCCAAUCUGACUUGCACACAGCAAUGGGUUACUUACCUCAGGAUCCUUCAAGAAGCAAUCUGGCCAGGAGGAUCUUUACCAGUCCGCCCUAAACCAGUACACACAGAUGAGCAGAAGGAGCAAACCAAAAUCCUUUCUCUGCAGUGUCUAACAGAUCUUUUACCAGAUUUCUUCCAAACCAUGUUGGGUGUAGAAAAAUAUCAAUUGACCUGGCAGCUAAUAUUAGAAUCUCUGCAAGAUCCUACGGUUAACAGACAUCUGGUUUAUUCUGUUUGGGAUCUGCUUCUUGAGUUUCUUGUUCCUGAAUCUUUAGAUGAAGAUUUUCAGAAAUCUCUUAUUAAUCAGUUACCUGGCCAUGUGGAGAAGUCAGCGGUUUGAAAAAUACUCAUGUCUACUCAGUUUUAUAAGCUUCCAAUUACCAGCUGAGAGGUGUGGCUUCAUAUGGAAGGUUCAGCUGUUCACACAUUCACUAGCACAAGAAGUCAUCCAAUAAAAGCAGGGAGUGAAGCUGUUGUUCCUAAUUUGCAUGCUUUGAUCCAUUCUAAAAGUAUCAACAUGUUUACAAAAGUGGACUGUUUUGUUUAAAAAAAAAAAAAAAGUUAAAUGUUUCUUAAAAAAAUAUUUUUGCAAUUCUCAUGCAUUAUUUAAAAGAUUAAUGUUCAGAUAUUUUUUGUUCUUAUUACAGAGUGUUAUUAAUUAUAUACUUCAUUCAAGUCAAACAAAUAUAUUUGUAUUAUACAGUCCAAUUUAGUCAAAAUAGUAUUCUUAGAGAAAAAGAAUGCCAUGCCCUGAAAAGCUGUUACAUAUUAUUACUAAUUGGCAUGUGUUCAGUUAUGAUAUCUUAUUAGGUGUUUAUAUUUUAGAGUUCUUCUAUUUAAUUUCACUAUUGUGAGGUUUUCUAUAAGGCAUAUUUGUAUAAAAUAAGCAAAACCCCUGCAUUAAUGUUAUCUGCCAGUUGUAUGUGUUUUACAAUACUCUACCAGGGCUCUGUGAAUUUAAAGCGAUAUAUGUGAUUGUUACUGUGUAAACAAUGAAGAAAAUCUAUUACUAUUUGCAUGUAUUUUAGUAAUCUCUGAGACUAAUUAUACUUUGAAAUAAAUUUAUUAAAAACCAACUGCUGAUUCUCAAACCAAACCUAUUUCAGAUUUAUUCAAACAAGAAACAGCAGUGUAGCUUAGUUUUCAUGGAAAAAAACAGCACAAUUGUAAAA